AUGACUGUUUUACUCACUAAUGCCGUCCCAUUUUUGGCUAAAGAACCUGAAGUUAUAGUGACUGCAGCUCCUGUUAAUAUUCUUAAGGACAUAGAUUGCCAUGUUAUAGCAUCAACUUCCAAAGGAACAUCACAAGACUACAGAAUUCCAGCAUUACAAAAUGCAUUGGCCGACUUGGAUCUGCAGGCCCUCGCGAAUGCAGCCGACGCUGUGGAAUCUGAGGGCAAGUCGCCAAUGUCGGCGCUGAACGAACGGGGCGUUCGAGUCCGUUUUACAGUAGUGGAGCAGAGCGGACCAGAACACUGUCCGAGCUUCAUCGUUGUCGUCACUGUGGCGGACAUGCGGUCAGAGGGCAGGGGCCACAGCAAGCGGGAGACUCGAACCGCGGCGGCGUGCGCCUGCCUGGCGGCGGUGCUGACGUGCUCGGGCCGCAUGCAGCCGGCGCCGCCGAACCACCAGGGCUUCACCAGCGACAAGCCGCCCGAAGGACAAGAUGCAUUGGCCGACUUGGAUCUGCAGGCCCUCGCGAAUGCAGCCGACGCUGUGGAAUCCGAGGGUAAGUCGCCAAUGUCGGCGCUGAACGAACUGGGCGUUCGAGUCCGUUAUAGAAUAGUGGAUCAGAGCGGACCAGAACACUGUCCGAGCUUCAUCAUUGUCGUCACUGAUCUGCAGGCCCUCGCGAAUGCAGCCGACGCUGUGGAAUCCGAGGGCAAGUCGCCAAUGUCGGCGCUGAACGAACUGGGCGUUCGAGUCCGUUAUAGAAUUGUGGAUCAGAGCGGACCACCACACUGUCCGAGCUUCACCGUUGUCGUCACUGUGGCGGACAUGCUGUCAGAGGGCAGGGGCCACACUAAGCGGGAGGCUCAAGCCGCGGCGGCGAGCGACUGCCUGGUGGCGCUGCUGACGCGCGCGGACGGCAUGCAGCCAGCGCCGUCGACCCACCACGACUUCACCAGCGACAAGCCGCCCGAGGGACAAGCUGCGAAUUCAUCGGCGGGCGCGGUGCUCUUCGGUGCCCCAGUGCCGGUGCCUGCUCACAAGAGCCCCAUCAGCACUCUGUACGAAAAUUAUCCCGAAUUGACCUUCAUCUGCACCUACGGAGACGGCUCGCCUUUGGACUCCAUGCAGGGGUCGAGCAAGAAGUUGGCGAAGCUGGCGGCGGCCAGCGCAGCGCUGGGCGAGCUGCAGGCGACGCCGCCGCGCGCCCACAGCCUGCACAACUCGCCCUGCGCGCCGCCGCCGUCGCAGCUGCUGGCCGACCACGUGGCCAGAUUAGUAAAUGAUAAAUUCAACGAGCUGAUGCGCGGUGACCUGGUGCACUCCAAGCGAAAAGUGCUCGCCGGCAUUGUGAUUACCAUCAACCACAGCGUGGAAGGUGCUAGGGUGGCAGCCCGUCGCUGUCUGCAGAGGCAUCUUUACGCUCAGCUUCUGAUGUAUGCGUCUUCACCAGAUCCCCGGAAGCCGAUACCGCACUCAGACCUGGAGCCAUUGCCUGACGGCGGGUACCAGCUGAAACCUGACCGUCAGUUACAUCUGUACGUCAGCACGGCGCCUUGUGGAGACGGACGGGUCUUCAGUCCACACGAGCAUAUCGAGUCAGAGCCGGAUGAACACCCAAACAGGCUCGCCCGUGGCCAGUUGAGGACCAAGAUAGAGUCCGGGGAGGGCACAAUCCCCACAAAGAAUUGCAACAACAUCAUCCAGACCUGGGACGGAAUUUUGCAGGGCGAGCGGCUGCUGACGAUGUCGUGCUCGGACAAGAUAGCGCGCUGGUGCGUGGUGGGGCUGCAGGGCGCGCUGCUGACGCGCCUGCUGCGCCCCGUCUACCUGCACACGCUGGUGCUGGGCUCGCUGCUGCAUCCGCAACAUCUCUACAGAGCAAUAGGCGGCCGAAUCGAGAACUACAUCUCAUCUCUUCCUCCCUCGUUCCGGCUGCAAAGACCGAUGAUGGCGCGCGCUUCUAGCACAGAAGCUCGUGCAACGGUCAGGGCGCCAUCGUUCAGCGUUUGCUGGAGCUGCACCUCCCCCGGUGGCAGAGAUAGUGAACGCGACCACGGGCAAGCUGGAGAAUGGUCAGCCGUCGCUGCUGUGCAAGCGGAUCAUGUUUGCGAGGUGGCAGUACUUGGUAACCAGACUCCCACUAUUACCUCAGACAACUUGAAGCUCUCGAAAGUCAUAUCAACUCAUUUGGACUCAUUACUCCUACAAGACGACCUUGAAAGACUAGUGGAAUGGUGUAAUGCAAAUCGUAUGAGGUUGAUUCCCAAAAAAUGUUUCGAUAUCAAGUUUACUAAGAAAAAGAAGCCUUGCACUACUUCCUACAGUCUUAAAGGUAUUAUGAUCACAGAAAUAGGUGAAAUGGGAGAUUUAGGUGUUAUGUUGGAAAUGAAGCUCACCUACGUUCCUCAUAUUAAUAGGAUUGUGAAGAACGCUGGUUUCCUUUCACCAGAAGCUUUCAAAUAA